UUUAAUUAUAAUAAAUAACGUAGUACUUUAUGACAUAAUUAUUGAUAUGUUUCUGAAACUAAAUAAAUUCAAAAAAGAAUAUUGAUUAUUAAAUCACACAAUAAUUUUUAAAAAUGAUUUUUUCCAUUAAUAUUUUGUGUUUAUUUCAUAUUAUGAUAUCAGUGGUAUUAACUAUUCAAAAAUUGGCAUCAACAGAAGAUAAUCCAUUGAUUUUAUCAAAACCAGCAAAAAAAAAACGUGAAAAUGUGAACUGUAAUAUUGUUUACAACAAAAAACUCUUAAAUGAUUUACAUAUAUUUAAAACAAUGGAUAAAAAUAAGGAUAGACUAACCGAAUGUGAAAUCGAAUUAUUAACGAGGAAAUUUAGUCCAUACAAUGCUAAGGCUAACGAAAAAGAAUUUGCGUUGCUUAAAUAUAAGAAAAAAAUGCAAAGCAUUCAAUGCACUUUUGGUUUAAUAGUGCAUUACUUAUUGAUGCAUUUAAAGAAACUUGUUACAAAGUUACGAGACGAUGACAGUAUCGACUAUAUAAAAUACAUAUAUCAUCAAUAUCACGACCGUACUGCUACUAUAUUUUCAAAACUUUUUUCGGCUGGUAUAACACCUCAUUCUUGGAUAUGGAUUUUUUAUUCAAAGCUCAUUGCAGUAAGCGAUUGGACAAAAAAUAAAGAUAUAAUAGAUAACCGUUUGUUUUCCGAUUAUCUCUUAAACAUAGAGUUGCUCAACUUCUUAUCAACUUGCGAGAGUAAUAUGUAUUUGUCUAUCGACUUGUAUGAAAGUCUUUUACAUAGCAAGGCUACAAGAGAUUUAUCAGUCCUUACCAAUGAAAUAAUUGAUCCUUUUUUCAAUAGUCUCAGCCUAACAUGGGAUUCAAACUAUUUUGAGUUUUUCAUAACAGUUGAAAGAAUGCUUCUGCUCGAAAAUAAUCUAGAAGAUGUUUUGUUUGAACCCAUAAGAGACUUUCCUAUAGAAUGGAGUGCAACAAAAAAAAGACUGAUGAGGCUGAAAGAAAAAUGUGUAGAGCAUUUCAAUCGCCGAGAAUGGAUUAACUCGCCUUUUUCUUGUAACGAAUAUCAUAUGAUGGUUAUAGAUAUUUUAAAGGUGAGAUUACUUAGCUUCACUUGGAUGCAUUUAUAUAUCAAUCACGAGUUAAGUAGGUUUCUCGAUAAUUCGUCAAAGACAGAACAACUUGUAAUUGACACGAUUAAAAAAAAUGUCAAAAGCACGUCAAUUAAAUUUUAUAGCGUGUUUGUUGAUUUUGUAAACUAUUUGGAAGCAAAGGAUGACACUUUUUGGGAUCUCGUUAAAUUACUCAACAUUGAAAAUGAUAUCAAUACAGAUCAACUGUACUUCGCUGUUGCUAGUUUAUUUCAAAUAAUUUACAACAGCCUAAUAUCGUUGAGUGUUAAUAACAUAUAUGAUAACAUGAACAACAAUUCCAUAAUGGCUACUUAUGAAGAUAACGUUUCUACAACACAAAUGAAACAUAAUGUACAGUUCCUUAUACAACAUUUCAACAUUAUUAAAUAUAAUCUAAAACCAAUAGAUAUAAAAUUUUUGAACUUCUAUCGUGAAGGAAAUGCUUCGUUUUUCACAACAUAUCAAAUGAACGACUAUUCAUUGAAAAAAUGAAGUUAAAUUAAUUGAAGUCAGAAAAUACUUAGUGCAAAAACAUACCUAUCUUAACUUAUUUAUAUGUACUAUCAAUAUUAAUGACUUUUUCAAUCUAACAAAAUAAUUAAUUAUUGUAGAUUUUUAAACAAAAUCUACCCUUUCAACAUUUUACAAUGAUAAAUUUUCACAAAACUAAAAAAAGUACAUUCUAUAAACUUAAAAAAAACUGAUUAACUAUAUUUCACAAAUUUCGAAUAAUAUUAAAUUUCCUAAGAUACCUAUUAUGGAUUAUAAAUGAUUAAAAAUGUUCAAUACAACAAAUUAUGACAAAAAUAUUGAAUUUUUCGAAAUUAGAGUAAACUGGGGUAAGAGCAUAAAAUUGAAUUACAUAUUAUAUUUCUCGGGCAUACUCUUCCUUUUGCCUUUGUAGACAAAUUCCGUUUACUUAUAAGGACUGUACGGAAUUUUGAUUGCUUAUAAUAUAUUAAAAUUACAAUGUUAGUAUUUAAAAUUUUAUCGUUUAAGUCAUGCAAUACAAAUCAACUAAAUUACUCAACUUUAAUGCUUAAGAGUUAAUAUUUCAAGUAGUACUAGUGAUGUUCACUUAUUAGGGGGUGUUUAGUAAUUGAAUCAGUUACUCUAUUACGGCCUUUAAAUAAAAUUAAUAAAACAAUGCAAAAUAUAAAUUAUACUAAAUAAUAAUAAUAUUGAUAAAUAUUAUUAUAUUUAUACAUACAUAAUAUAAUUUUAUCCGAUAGUUGUCAAUGCAAUGUUGAAUAAUUUAAUUCCGUCCUUGAUUCUUAAAACGUUCAUUAUUUUUCACAAUUAAUUAGUAGUGAUUUAAUUUAGCCGGAUAUUUUUAAAAAAAAAAAAUUUUAUGUGUAUAUGUAUUUUUAAUCAACCGUAAAAAAUGUAUUAUACACAGCGGCUGAAGUCAUAAUAACCAUUCGACCGGAUGUAAUACAUAGUACAAUAUAUGUAUAAAUAAACCUAGUGCAUUCAUUAUUUAAACAUGUUAUGAAAUCAUAAAAAAAGGACAAAAAAAAUUAGUUCAAUAUCAAAUAUAUGGACUUGGUAAAUAAAUUAUCCGUCCAGAUAAAGUCUAGUUUACUAUGUAAACAAAAAGUAAUUAGACUUAAUUUUUUUCUGAUAAAAAGUAGAAUUUUUAGUAAAAAAUGUUUAGAUAUCCUGAUUUGU